AUGAUUCGACUGGUGGCGAGCGCCAGAGUAGUCAGCAGACGAAGAAAUCCAAGAGGUCCUGCAAAGGCAAAUCCAACAAUUACUAGUCCCGAAUCUUUUGCAGCUCCUGUUGUGGAUAACAAAGGGGAAGCUACCCUGUUGACCGGCCACCCUGAGGUUCGCAAUGCUGUACAGGAGAUGUUCAGUCGAUCAAGUUUUGACUUGUUUAUUCUUAUAUGGACGCAAUAUCACGAGCUUCGGAUCGGAAUGCCCAGCUGCGAGGACCCUUCUCCAUGGCCGAAGAUAAUCGUGCUUCCAAAGCUGGAAGAAGUCUACACUUGUUACACAAGACUGAUGAGCGUGUUGUCAGCACCUGCACAUUCACAGACGCUACUUUGCUACCCUUAUGUGGUCUGCAUUGCUAGGCUCAAACUUGCCCGAGAAUAUUACAGGCUUUAUCCCGAGCACCCGGGCCUAGAAAAUAGACUGAGAAGGGCCUUGGGCCCAGCUUCAAAGUAUCAAGGGGAACACAACCUACUCAGAUCGUACCUCGUGGGAAAAUCCAAUGAGCAGAGAGACACGGUGCCAACAGCUGUUGGGCAGGAGCGGCUGGAGAACGGUUUGAGAAUUGAGCUUGCAAAGGGGAUGAGCAAUUCUUUCUCGCGGGGGCUUUCGCACGACGCAUUUGGUAUCCAAUUGACAAUCAUUAGGCUGGUAAAUUCUCAAGAUGACGCGGCCAAAGCGGCUCUUCAAGCUUUUUGCAUCAGAUAUUCGGACUCGAUACUUCUAUGCCGCCGUAUUGAGCAAUACAUGAAUUUCGUGGAAAGCGGGCUUCGAGCGACGGACGAAUUUCAAGAUAUCAGCAAGGAUCAUCGAUUGCAGGAGCUCUUCGCUUCUGUCUUAAAAGCAGUAUCAAACCUGGGAGACCUUGUCUCGACGUCCGCUGAUGAAGGGGAGAUGCAGGGGCCCCGAGACCAAACAUACGACACAAUCCUCACAGAUAAACAUCGAGCCGAUAUAGUCUUCCGGAAUGGAUGA